AUGUAUUUCUAAAACAUUUUAAUACUUUUUCUUGUAGAUGAUUUCUAAGACCCAUUUUCCAUCUGUUUGACCAGAAAUGAAAAUCUUUGCUUAUUCCACAUUUUUAGGAUGAAAAUGGUUGGAAAAUGUAUAUAUGCCUUAAUUUGUAAAACCAUAGACUCUUAACUUUCAUUUGACACCACAUUUGACAUGUUCCUGUGAACUUCACAUGUUGCGCUCAUGGGUCCUUUUCAGAUGAAAUGCCGUCUGUACCGUAUCUACUAGCACACAGCAGUUGAAAGAGACUAUCCAGGAUGACUAACAGAAUUAUUCCUUGUCUUAACGGUGGAUAUUCACCUUCAUCUGCAUCUUAUCCAUAUUAUAACCCUCAAUGUAUUUUUUUUUAAUGUUUUAUGUUUGGCAUGGUUCAAUAAAUGAUAUUGAUUACUCAUAGGCUACCUUUUCAAGCUGAACUACAGUAAACAGAUGGACCGCCUGGGAGUAGGCCUCAGUGAGAGAACAGCAGGCUGAAGGGAGGCAACGGGCCGAGACAAAGAGAGGGCUCCUGCCUCCUGCACUGAGGGCCAGAGGCAGCUGAGCUGAGAGGAUGGGAGGAGAGAGAGGGGGGUUGUCAUUAGGGUAGUUUGUAAUUAUGUCUCUCUUUGUUUAGAGGGCCUGUGACAGGGAUGAAGUGAGGGGGAGGUCUUGCUGCUGAAAAUAUGUUGUGUAUCAGUGUUGUGUGUAGUUAUCUUUCUCCCUUGAGUAUUUCUUACCCUAGCUCAGUCUCUCUGGUCUGCCUGUCUCUGUGAGGCUCAGACACACCAGGAAAAAGGGUUGCCGCUACAGCCACAGCAGUGGACUUUCUCAUUGGAGGCAAUUCUGAGGCAGUAGACCAUUCUGAGGCAAUGCUAAGGAAAGGUCCAAUAGUCCUGACAUCUGGAUUCUGGAUGAGGAUGCUUUAAAGAAGUCCAUUCUCUACCCAUUGGAGCUCAGUAUUCUGGGAUACACACAGGAACACAGCUGACAGAGUUUGCCAACAGAUUCUAUACCUCUGAACAGGACUGAGAAGAGCAGUUGAACAGGUAGAUGGAGAAGCAGCUGACUAUUGGCCUGUCUCUGUUGCUGGGGCUCCUCCUAGUCAUGCCUGAGGUGGGGGGGCGGAAGGAAGAGUCCCAAAAGCGCCUUUCCCGCUCCUCAGAGCUCAAAGCAGGCCGCUGCUCCUACACAUUCAUUGUUCCCCAGCAAAAACUGAAGGGGGCGCUGUGCGUGAGCACCGAGUCCACCACCGGCGCCGCCAACCACUCAGAGGUAACGGCUCUGCGGGGGGAGUUGAACCGUCAGCAGGAACAGCUGGAGAAGCUGAGAGGCCAGCUGGAGCAGGAGGGCGCCCUGGUUACGGAGGUACGGGCGCUACGGAAAGAGAGCGGCAGCAUGAACUCCCGCAUCGCCCAGCUCUACGCCCAGCUGCUGCACGAGGUUAUGUACAAGAAGGACCAGGUGGUCAAACAGAGGCGGGUCGAGAACCUACUGCUCAACGCCACCGCACAGAUGCUGCAGAUCUCCACUAGUUACAGGGAGCUGGAGAAGAAGUAUGGAGCCCUCACCUCCAUGAUGAGCAACCAGAGUCAGCUCAUCGCCCGGCUGGAGAAGCUGUGCCAGGCCACCAAGAACACUACCCCACCUCCACAGAUGAGUAUCCAGUCCAGUGGGCCCCUGAAUGACAGCUCAGAGUCCAAGGAGAUGGCUAAUGAUGUUCAGAGAGACCAGGGCGCCCCUCCACUACAGCCACAGGAGGAGAGAGAACCCCUGCAGGGGACAAAGGUGCUCCCCACCACCAAGGCUGACACCCCUACCGACGCCCCCUUCAUAAGCUUCCCUGUCACUAAGACCCCAGGACCCUGGAGGGACUGCCAGCAUGUGCUGGACUCGGGCGAGACCACCAAUGGGAUCUACCUGCUGCGUCCACAGAGCGCCAACCGGCUUCUGCAGGCCUGGUGUGAACAGACCAAGGCCCAGGGAGGCUGGACCGUCAUCCAGAGGAGACAGGACGGAUCAGUCAACUUCUUCAGGACCUGGGAGCAGUACAAGCAAGGCUUUGGGAACCUGGAUGGAGAGUACUGGCUGGGUCUGGAGCACCUCUACUGGCUGACCAAGCAGGCCCACUACAAGCUUCGGGUGGCCAUGGAGGACUGGCAGGGCCGGCAGGUGUUUGCAGAGUACGACAGCUUCCGCCUGGAGCCUGAGAGCGACUGGUACCGUCUGAGGCUGGGGGAAUACCAAGGCAACGCCGGAGACUCAAUGUCCUGGCACAAUGACAAAGCCUUUACAACCCUGGACAAGGAUAAGGAUGCUUAUUCAGGGAACUGUGCCCACUUCCAGAAGGGGGGCUGGUGGUACCACAUGUGUGCCCACUCCAACUUAAACGGCGUGUGGUAUCGAGGGGGUCACUACCGCAGCCGCUACCAGGACGGGGUUUACUGGGCAGAGUUCCACGGGGGCUCCUACUCCCUCAAGACGGUCACCAUGAUGAUCAAACCCACCUAACCCUCUCCCCAUUGGUGGCACCUUAAUUGGGGAGGACGGGUUCGUGGUAAUGGCUGGAGUGGAAUAGUUUCAAAUACAUCAAACAUGGUUUCCUUGUGUUUGAUGCCAUUCCAUUCACUCCGUUCCAGCCAUUAUUAUGAGCCGUCCUCCCCUCAGCAGCCUCCUGUGUUAAACACACAUGUCCAUCAGGCAUCAGGGUAAUAUUAUGGUUCCGUCAUGGAUAAGGAAGGAUGUUAAUGAAGUUCUUAUAUGUUAAACAGGUAUGUUAAUGAGACAGCGUUAGACUGACAUGCCAACACAACAUGUGGAAUUGGUUUCUAACUGCAAUGUAUUUAUUUAAUAAAAAAUUGCAAAACAAUGUUUGAACAUUACUUUUUGAUAUUAUCUAUCCUCUCACACACAUACACACACAUACACUUGCAUACACACACAUACACACACAUACACACACCACAAGGUGAGUUAGGAGUCCGUUUAUUUUGCUUAUGAGAACUGACUUUGUGGUUUGAUGCAGUGGUGUAAAGUACUUAAAGUAAACAUACUUUAAAGUAUGACGUACGUCGAUUUAUGGGGUAUCUGUACUUUACUAUUUAGAUUUUUGAUGACUUUUACUUUAUUACAUUCUUGAAGAAAAGAAUGUACUUUUUUAAUCCAUACGUGUUGGAGUGUGCCCCUGGCUAUCUGUACAUUUAAAUUAAAAAACAAGAACAUUGUGCCUUCUGGUUUGCUUAAUAAAAGGAAUUUG